GGAAGCACGUGAAGUUGUUGUUUUGGUGGAUCGUGAGUGUUGUCAGAACAAAAUAUGCCACGACAAAGAAGGGCACUGACACAGAGGCAAGACUCAGACGACGAGUUCGAAACUCCGGCAUUCCGAGACAUCGGAAAAGAUGAUGAGACGAAGGAAACCGAAGAAAUUGACAGCGAAGAGGAUCUGGUGGAAGCAGAAGAUGUCUGCCAGUGAUGAGGAUGACAGUGAUGCUGCUCCUGAGGAUGUGGGCUUCUCAGAGACCCGGGCAACAGCCCUUUCCCAGAUGAGGCAGGCAAUGACACAGAUAAAAGAAGAAAAACUCCAGUUGAAAGCAAAGAGAAAGCAGAGAGAUGAAAAGUUUAAGGAACAAAAGCGGAUAAAGUUGGAAGCUGUGUCUCACUUGCCUGAUGAAAUCCUGAACAGUCUUCCAGAAAAACUCAGUGAGGAAAAGAAGGAAACAGAAAUAGGAAAACAGAAAAAGAAGGAAAAAAAGAAACAUGAAGGCAAAAAACAGGGUAACCAUUCCAUUGUCAAUUCUGACAAAUUUUGUUGUAUUUAUGUCCAUGAUUACGUUCUUUCUUAAAAGUAAUUGUACUUGUACUUGUAAUUCGUAUAUUGUAUUGUGAUAUAUGUGAUACAUUAAUAGAUUAGUAUCUUUGUCAUAUUAUUUUUGUUGUCCCCCACCAUAAUAAUUCUGGAACAAUGCUAAAGGUGGUAUAAAACAAUACUCAUUCACUCAUUUCUUGUAAUGUGUUGUUUAGUAACAUAGAGAUUCCCACCUGAGUGUAUUUUGAUAUCCGAUAUAUCAACACUUAUCUUUAAAACUUUAAAGCUCUACAGCUUGUGAGGGAUUUUAUUGGGUGAAAUUCUGUUUAUUAUCCAAGGUCUUUCGACUAACAUUUCCAGUUUGUAAACAGUUAUAACCAGUGUAAAAAAGUACAGCGUAGCAGCUUCAACGGCAGAGAUAUUACUGAUGGUAUGAUCUGCAACGCAUUGUGAUGUAAUUUCAUUGUAGCGAUAUCCCUUGAUCUCCUCUGGGCGGUCGGGUAGCCUAGUGGUUAAAGCGUUCGCUCGUCACGCCGAAGACCCGGGUUCGAUUCCUGCCAUAGGUACAAUAUGUGAAGCCCAUUUCUGGUGUCCCCCGCUGUGAUAUUGCUGGAAUAUUGCUAAAAGCGGCGUAAAACCAUAUUCACUCACUCACUCACUCACUUUAUACAUAUUGUUCAUAAUUCUUUGAUAUUCUUAUUUCAUAAUCAUCAUUUUGAUUAAAAUCCAUUAAAAUGUUAACUUAAAGGCGUUUGGCAACUCAUGGUCGACCAUCCACUGUAUUACAUCUCCAUUCUUUUAUGAUGAAUACCGCUAAAAAUUACCAUUUAUUAUUACAAAAUCAUUAGCGAAAUUUGGAAUCCAAGCCAUAUAACGGAGAGGGGCGUCAACAUCGGCUCUAUAUGGUGUACCCAUGUGGUGAAUUGGUGUGACGAGUCAACGCUUUAACCUCGCUAGACAAACCCCGCCGCCAAUGGCUUUGCCAGUUAAGAUUACUUAUAUAAACAAAUGUCAAAUCAGAUAAGAAGUGUGGUAUAUUUCAUGCAGGUGUUCACCAGAAUAGUCACGUGAUGUCAUGGUUACGAGUUUAGCCAAUCGGGGAACACUUCCGUUGCACGAGUUUUUCCUGCGCGUAAUCCAGACUAUUGAUCGAAACAUACGACGCUUACUUUAUCAAAUGCACUGAAACAUGUGAAAUUAAUUUCAACAAGCUGUUUAGAAUUCCUUUAAAAAUCGAGAUUACAAUGGGCUUAGACCCCUAUUUGUCAUGAGAGAGCUUAGUGUCCGCUUUACAGCGGAUAGCUUAGUGUCUGCUUUUCAGCAGAUGGCUUAGUGACCGCUUUACAGCGGAUGGCUUAGUGACCGCUUUACAGCGAAUGACAUAGUGACCGCUUUACAGCGGAUGGCUUAGUGUGUGCUUUACAGCGGAUGGCUUAGUGACCGCU